GCCUGAAUUUAAGCCUGUGGUAGGUACUUCGCAGCUGCAACUUCAAGUGCAACACAACAAUAAAGGAGAGGCGAUCAUCAUCAUGGUUGCAACGAGUCCUGUGGUAGAAGACUUAGAGGCACUGGUUGUGAAACGUUCAAGGACGAGUUGGACAAUCAGUAAGCGGAGCAAUGACGGACGCCGAUGGCAAAAUACUCAAGCGGAGGCGGGAGCGCUUUGGGGGUGAUGAAGGUGACGAUGAGGACGCUGCAGAAGAUCAGAAGGCCAAGAAGGUGCGCUUCCCAAAAAGCAAGAAGGCUCAGGAGGAAGCAGUGGAAUUGGAUGAGGCAGGAGGGCCUAUAAUUGCCGCGGAUGCGAGGGCUGUUGCAACGGAGCGAGCGGUGAAAAGGAAGGAGAAGGGCAAGAACAAACUAAAAGAGGAUACAGAUGUCGGAACCAAUGUCGGAGGGGCAGAGGAAGAUUAUGAGGACUAUGAUGACGAGCACGGCCUGGUGCGGGACGACGAGGGGACAAAGCUGGAGCCCUUCAAUCUCAAGAAGGAGCGGGAGGACGGCUACUUCGACGCCGAGGGCAACUAUGUCGAAUACCGCCAGGAGAACGAUGCACGGGACGCCUGGCUGGAGGGCGUGAAGGUGGACCCGAGCCUGGCCAAGCGCGCGGCUGAGGAGCAGGCCGCAGCCGACAGUGUCGAGGAGGAAAUGUCUACGGGCGAGAUGGCCGCCAUCAAACGGCGAAUCGCAGACUCGCUUCAGAACGGGGAGACUGUGCUCCAGGGGCUGAGGCGCUUGGGGGGUGCGGGAAGGGGGCAAAGCGGAAGUAAGCCGGGCGGUCGGGGGAGGGGGCGGGGACCACCGGGGGUGCCCGUGGUAGAAGAGAAGAAGAUGAGCGAUGAGGAGAAGAGGCAGUUCGAUGCCUUGACGGAGGACGCGAGCCGGCUAAUGGAGGCAGGGGAAUACAACGUUUACUCGGACAAGAAGGAGACGUUUCUGCGGGAAGCAGAGGGUUACGAGGCGAUCCACCGGCUGCGCGCCCAGGCAGCUGCUGCAACAACGGAGGAUGACGACAUGUUUGCGGAUGAUGACGCUGCACCCGCUCUCGGGAGGGAAAAGGCAGGGCCCUCUGCAAACGGGGGCGCGUCUAACAGAGGGGCAGAGGGGGGUAUCCCGACCGAAGCUUCUGGAUUCGUCUAUGACGAGACUUCCGGGUUCUACUACAAUAGUGAACAGGGCUACUACUACGAUCCGGGCUCAGGGCUGUACUGCAGCGCUAGCACUCAACAAUGGUACUACUUGAACCCAGUUACAAAUGCUUACGAAGAAGUGAAGGAAGACAAAGGUUCAAAAGGGAAGGACAAGGACGCCUGAUAAAGUCGUCUUUCUAGGCAGGCCGGCAAUUCAGCUCGAUGAGAUUCCUCUUUACCGAAGCAACAGCCUUACGUUGAAGAGUAGUAGCCCAAAAGGAGAUAUUGCCGCAACAAACAUAAAUGCACCUUUAUGAAACGACGCCUAAAGUUGUUUUGAUUAGCAACAACAACCAUGUCGUGGC